AUGCGACCAGCCCGAGACAACGCAUCAGGUGCGAGUAGCCUGCGGGUUCCUGCUGAUUCGGCGCGGAGCACUUCGGCAAGCCUGCCCUUCCUGCCCGACCCGCUGGCCCACCGGCCCCCAAGCGCCCCUCCGACGGAGUCCUCAGGCCUUUUCACCGUGGCCGCUCCAGUCCCGGGAGCGCCUUCUCCUCCCGCCACCCUGGCGCACCUUCUUCCCGCCCCGGCCAUGUACAGCCUGCUGGAGACUGAACUCAAGAACCCCGUGGGGCCACCCACCCCAGCUGCAGGCGCGGGCGGCCCCGCAGCCCCGGGCGGCGCAGGCAAGAGUAGCGCGAACGCAGCCGGCGGCGCGAACGCAGGCGGCGGCAGCGGCGGUGGCGCGAGCGCCGGCGGCGGCGGCGGCGGCGGCGGAGGCAGUGACCAGGACCGGGUGAAGCGGCCCAUGAACGCCUUCAUGGUUUGGUCCCGCGGGCAGCGGCGCAAGAUGGCCCUGGAGAACCCCAAGAUGCACAACUCUGAGAUCAGCAAGCGCUUGGGUGCCGACUGGAAACUGCUGACCGACGCCGAGAAGCGGCCGUUCAUCGACGAGGCCAAGCGGCUGCGCGCCGUGCACAUGAAAGAAUACCCGGACUACAAGUACCGGCCGCGCCGCAAGACCAAGACGCUGCUCAAGAAGGACAAGUACUCCCUGCCCGGCGGCCUGCUGCCCCCCGGAGCCGCGGCCGCCGCCGCCGCCGCUGCCGCCGCCGCCGCCGCUAGCAGCCCGGUGGGCGUGGGCCAGCGCCUGGACACGUACACACACGUGAACGGCUGGGCCAACGGCGCGUACUCGCUGGUGCAGGAGCAGCUGGGCUACGCGCAGCCCGCGACCAUGAGCAGCCCGCCGCCGCCGCCCGCGCUGCCGCAGAUGCACCGCUACGACAUGGCCGGCCUGCAGUACAGCCCCAUGAUGCCGCCCGGCGCCCAGAGCUACAUGAACGCCGCCGCCGCGGCCGCCGCCGCCUCGGGCUACGGGGGCAUGGCGCCCUCCGCCGCCGCCGCCGCCGCCGCCUACGGGCAGCAGCCGGCCACCGCCGCCGCCGCCGCGGCCGCCGCCGCCAUGAGCCUGGGCCCCAUGGGCACGGUGGUGAAGACCGAGCCCAGCUCGCCGCCGCCCGCCAUCGCGUCGCACUCGCAGCGCGCGUGCCUCGGCGACCUGCGCGACAUGAUCAGCAUGUACCUGCCGCCCGGCGGGGACGCGGCUGACGCCGCCUCGCCGCUACCGGGCGGCCGCCUGCACAGCGUGCACCAGCACUACCAGGGCGCCGGGACUGCCGUCAACGGAACGGUGCCGCUGACCCACAUCUGA